UCUUUUGGCGCAGACUCCGUGCGGCCGCCGGUGCUGCCCGCCGCUGCCUUGCAGCCCAGCGCCUCUGCCGAGCCGGUCGCGUUUCAGCGGGGCUCCCUCCCAGCAGCCGCCCGGCUCUUCCCCGCCCAGGCAGCGGCAGCGGCAGCGGCAGCGGCCGUAGCGGCAGGGCAGCUCGGAAGGCGGCGGGUCGUCCCGAUUUUGCAGCAAGCCACGAAGCGGAGCAGCAGGCCGACGAUGCGAGCCGCGGGCGGGUGUCUGGUGCCGCCGCUGCUGCUGCUGCUGGCCCUGGCUUUGGCGGAGGGCGACGGCCGAGCGGGCAAAGAAGGCGAGAACCCGGGCAAUUUCAUGGAGGACGAGCAAUGGCUGUCGUCCAUCGCCCAGUACAGCGGCCAGAUCAAGCACUGGAACCGCUUCCGAGACGAGGUGGAGGAUGACUACAUUAAGAGCUGGGAGGAUAACCAGCCAGUUGACGAAGGCGUGGACACUACUAAGGAUCCCUGCCAGAAAGUCAAAUGCAGCCGCCAUAAAGUGUGCAUUGCCCAGGGCUUCCAGCGGGCCAUGUGUAUUAGCCGCAAAAAACUGGAGCACAGAAUCAAGCAGCCGGCCCUGAAACUCCAUGGAAACAAGGAGAGCUUUUGCAAGCCUUGUCACAUGACCCAGCUCGCAUCUGUGUGUGGCUCCGAUGGACACACUUAUAGCUCUGUGUGUAAACUAGAGCAGCAGGCCUGCCUGACCAGCAAGCUGCUGACAGUCAAGUGUGAGGGGCAGUGUCCGUGCGCAACUGAGCAUAGCCCAACCUCAGCCACAGAUGCAAAGCAAGAGACCUGCACUGGACAAGACCUGGCCGACUUGGGGGAUCGGCUGCGCGACUGGUUCCAGCUGCUCCAUGAGAACGCCAAGCAGAACAGCUCUGGAAGCCCAGGGGCAGCCAGUCCAGUGAAUGUGCUGGACAAGAGCCUGGUUGCCAGUUGCAAAGACUCCAUUGGUUGGAUGUUUUCCAAACUGGACACCAACAGUGACCUUUUCCUGGACCAGACGGAGCUGGCAGCCAUCAACCUGGACAAGUAUGAGAUUUGCAUCCGGCCUUUCUUCAACUCCUGCGACACCUAUAAGGACGGACGUGUCUCCACUGCAGAGUGGUGCUUCUGCUUCUGGAGAGAAAAGCCUCCCUGUCUCGUGGAGCUGGAAAGGAUUCAGAUCCAGGAAGCAGCAAAAAAGAAACCCGGGGGUUUCAUUCCCAGCUGUGAUGAGGACGGCUACUUCCGGAAGAUGCAGUGUGAUCCAGGAAGUGGGGAGUGUUGGUGUGUUGAUCAUCUUGGCAUGGAGCUAACAGGAACACGGAUGCAUGGGACCCCAGACUGCGAUGACAUAGUUGGGUUCUCAGGGGACUUUGGGAGUGGUGUUGGAUGGGAAGACGAGGAGGAGAAAGAGGUGGAGGAAACUGGUGAGGAAGCCGAGGAAGAGGAAGGAGAGGCAGGAGAGGCCGAUGACGGAGGCUACAUCUGGUAGAAGCAGCGAUAAGCACCGUUUGGUCGGGAUGCUGGCUGAAGGGCUGGGAGACGGCAUUCAAAAUUCAAAGGAGAGGAACAGCUUAACAGGAUGAUCAGGAAACACAGUUGAAUGUAACUCAGUGUGGCAGAACAUGUUGCUUGAGAGGGAUGUGUCUGUGUGUGUGUGUCUCUGUGUGUGUGUGUGGCUGGAUGAGUCAGUGCUCUUUACGUGGCCAUGGGGAUGAUCUGCUUUCUCCCAGCUUAUAAGAGAUCAGAGCUUUUGCAAAGCAAAAUUGGGAAAGAGGAGGCCGUAUUUCUGCACUCCAGGUCAGGUGGUCUUUCAGUUCAUUUUAUUUUUGAAUCAUUGAUGGCAGGUUUCAGCUCCUAGCCAGAUGCGAGAAACACGUACCUGCCUUUCUUGUAUCUCUAGCUGUGGUACCUUAGCAAUAUCCUCCCAUAGUUGAUGCACUGUUAGAUAUAAAUACCCUGGUGUGACAAACAUCCCCUGGCAUUUUGCAGUCACACUGUGCAAGCAGCUAGGAGAUCUGCUGGGAGUUUCUGAUCUUUCAUUAUAGCACAAGAGGCAAGAUCACCAGGAAUUGACUAAUAAGGCCAGGAACAACCCUCAUCUCUUUGGUUUAAGUGUUGGAUCAAGGACUUCAUUGGCCAGAUUGCACAUCGCGGGCUUCACAUUUACCUGAACAUCUAAAAUAUCAAAGGCUUUUUAAGAAACAUGGAGGGAAUUUCAAAAUCUUGGUCCUCCUGGCAAACUUCAUGAGCAUCCUAAUGCGGAGUUAAUAGCUGGCUCAUGAUCUUCGUUGGUGAGCUGUCACGCUUACUGAUGAGAGUGCUCCAAGGAAGGACUUUUGAUCUUCUCUCAAACUUCUCCUCCACUGCUUGUUCAUUUAACUGAUAUGCCCGUCUGCAGCUGUGGAAUGAAGGGUCCUUUUGUCACCUCCAAACGCACAUUUUGCUGACAGAGAGAUUGAGGAGUUCUGACACAGGACUGGCUACAGUCAUUAGUUAAAUGAAGAAGAUCACUGGUGGUGGAAGACAGAUCAGCCGAGCAGAUGGGUGACUGAACGUAAAAGCUGUCCCUAACCAGAGAUGAUGCUGCAGUAAUAAAAUCAAAGCCGUCACCCCGCAGACAGGACAGUAGCAGUAGCCAUCCCAGAAUUGUCCUGUGUGUCUGCAAUUGGUUGCUUAGUUUCUCAUUAGAGAUACCUGGGCAGACGCGAUGCUCCCUUUUGCCAUUUGCUUUCAGUAAAAUUGGGGCUGUUCCCUUGAGCAGCUGUUUCGUUUGAGCCACCUGGACAAACUCUCAUUCGGGGGGGACUGCUUCCGCACUUCCGCCACAUUCCGAUACACUCGCUGCUUUGCGGAGAAGCGUGUUGUCACAAGCGUAUGACUGCAACCAUUUGUGUGCGUGCGAGGGCGUGUGUGUGUGCGUGCUGCUGAUAUGUAUGCCCUAGUGUGGCGUGUGCUUUUGUGCACAUGUUUGUAGGUGUGCGGAGAAUGGGGAUAAGCCAGCUUGGCAUACAUUGAGCAUUCCAAAGCUUAACAAAAUCCAAGGUGCCGUUGUGGCUGUUGAGGCUGGUGGGCCGCUGCAUCUUGAAGUCAACAAAAUACUAAUUUCUUCCAAGCAAGCUGAUCUCCCAGUAAGCCCAGCCACUAGCUUGCAGUGGGACCAUAACAGAGAACGCCAUGUAGCCCAGCUGUGAUAAUAAAUGCGCCUUGCUGUGUUAAAGUCUCUACCUGCCUUCUUGUCCAGGCUUACGCUUUCUAUAGGUCUCUGUUUAAAGACAUACACACUCACACAGGGACACUCUGCCUCCCUCCUUUAUUCAGCUACUUCUCCUGCAGACGGAAUAAUAGAUUGUGUUCAAGAAAUACUCAGAUGUGUCGCUGCUGGAAACUAGUGACCUUCUCAGUCUGCACCCUGUGGGACACCCCCCCCCCUUCCCGAGGGACUGUGGUUUUAUAUCAUUCUUCUCUUACCUUUUUCCUGUUAAGAGCCAGUUAGCAUCCUUUUACUGUGUACUCAGCCUUUGAUUUCUGGAAUUCCCUCUUGGAGAUCACUGUCUCUUUUCUUUUUGUGUUGCCUUUGGGCUUUUCCUCUUUGGUCUGCAUCAUGCCUGUGUAGCUGGUACUGGGUUUGGUUUCCCAGUUAUGCAUGUUUUAAUAACCUGUAAAUACACUUUCAAAUCGAAGAACCAAAUUUUGCCCUGUUUGGAACAGCAUCCCAAAAUUAGCGCGAAGGAAGAGACUUGACUACUAGGCCUGGAACAUAUGGGCAUGAGUGUUUGUUUUGACUGCAUUCUUUUAAAAAAAUCCUCUUACUGCAUUGAAAGACACUGAAACAGAUAUAUAUUCAAUGCAUUCAGUUUUGACAAAGCUUCAGAUAUAUAAAACGAUAUUGCUGCUUUGAAUCGCAGAAAUUCAAACCUUAUCAAACCCUCUCUCAUUUUUUAGUUUAGUUAGGUUGUCCAUCCAGUCGAUUUUAUGCAAGUUUUUCCAUCUUUCUAUCCAGUCCCUCUUCAAUGGUGCCGACUUUUUCCCCGCAAUAUCACACAAAGGCCAAUGGCGCAGCUAUAUAAUAGCAUUUAAAACCAAUUAAUGUAACUUCUUUGGUACAAAGUCUGCAUAAUCAAGGGUUAAUGUACUUGGAAGUAUGUGACCUCUCUGUAAAGUAAUUGUUUGUGACCCCAUAUCCCAAUAUUUUUGAGCACAGCCACCACACGUGUCGCUUUUUCAUCUUUGCAAUGCAACAGUGUAUUCUUUGCGCUGCAUUGACAAGUCCUGUGAUUGCCACUUGCUUUUCCUCCCUUCUGCUUCAUUGACGCUGGGCCUGGAGAUGAACAAUCUCCCCCCACCCCACCAGAGAUGGAGUUGGUGUAAGCAGUGGUGGCGAACCUAUGGCACUCCAGAUGUUCAUGGACUAAAAAUCCCAUCAGCCCCUGCCAGCAUGGCCAAUUGGGAAUUGUAGUCCAUGAACAUCUGGGGUGCCAUAGGUUUGCCACCACUGGAUGGGAUUCCUUGUGACCCAUCAUCCCACUCUUCUCACAAAUUGGGCCGGCAUUUUUAGGCAAAAUAGGAUCAACCCUGGGGGGAAAGAAAACACUCAGGAUCAAAAGAAUGGACACAUCACAGGCGGAAUUGUUUCUGCCAUACUAUGUCCAACUCGUUCAAAAACAAACUUCUGCCUGUGGCUUGAGGCAGUAGCUUUGAGGGAGGUUUUGAGGGGCUUACUUUGAGGGACUCACUUCCCACCAUUUCGUCUCAUCAAACAGGUUUUUGAAACUUAUAUCAAGGCGAUGGUAGGUCAGAAGAAAUGCCGGUACGUAGAAGGAACCGGAACCGCUCCAAAGCGUUUAGCUGCCUCUGCCUUAGCCACAAUUAAGGCUGUAAUAUCUGUUCCACUUACAGAUACUUCUCUAUAACAUGUUCCUUUUUCUUCUUUGGUGGCCAGAGAGUUCAUCCUAAAUAAGCUCCGUGGGAGAAACUCUAGUUUAUCCCUGUGGGGUUCCCUUUAACAAGGGGGCUCAGCUUUCCUACUAGAGAUAUUCUGCCCUUUAUCCUGGUUGCCAACCAGUUUCUAGCAGAGGCAUGAAGAAUUCUAUAGGCAUCCCCAUCACUAAGCAAGCAGUCUAUAGUCUUAUUCUGCCUCCUUCCCCCAUCAUACGUUUGUCAACAGGCCCAGGAGAAAGAUUUGAGCUAGAACCAGAGCUUAUCAAGUAUCAGCCUUCCCGAACCUUUUUGCUUAGGCUUAGUCAAGGAACAUAUGGCAUGAGACCCAGAGGGUCUUUGAGCAUGAGCAGAAUGUGCCUCUUGCUACCGAACAACCGGAGCAGUGGUGAGAUUCAAAACAUUUAACAACCGGUGGUGGGAUUCAAAUAAUUUAACAACUGGUUGUUUACAAGCACUGUUUUAACAACCGGUUCUGCCGAAGUGGUGCGAACCCUGCUGAAUCCCACCACUGGACCAGAGGCAGGUCUUCCACAUAUCAGGGAUGAUGCCAUCAGCCUUUCUGGUCAGAAGGCUGACUUUGGAGGCCAGCUGGGAUUCCAGGGCUUUCUCAUUCCAGAAACAUUGUUUCUGAAGGGCUUCGGUGAGGAGAAAAGUCGGCAACUUGGAUCUUGACUAGGAUUGAACGAAGGUUGAUUUAGAUAACGCAGCUUUUAAAAUCUUCCUCCUUUUUUUUUCUGGGCCAGAAAACUAGUUUUAAUCCAUAAGGAAGCUGUGUUUAAGACGCUCCUGCUCCCUUUCCCCAGCUUUGCAUUGCACUGCAGAUUCCUCCUCCAACGCUGUGUCUUCCUUAAACUCUCUGACAAGCCUGGAAAUUCCAUGCUAUGAACAUGACUUGAAUCAAGCUCUCCUUCCUCAAGGGAACAGGCCACAAUAUCAUCUCCCCUCACUGUCUCCAUAUCAAGCAUCAGUUUCCAUCACCGUAGCUGCACGUAUCAGACAUCUGUGACAGCCGCACCUGCCUCAUCUUCUUUGUGCUGGCAGAGAGGAAGGAGAGAUAGGGCAGGAUGCCUCUUAUCGUCCUAUUAGCAUCCGUCAGAAAAGAGGAAGCUGACCAUUGGGCUCCUGAUUACAUUGGUACAAAACAUAAUAGAUGCUCUGUCUUAAAUGCGACGUGUGCAUUUAAAUGAGCAUUGUACGCACAAGGAGCAGCGGUUCCUUUUUUUUUAAACCAUUGCCAGCCGUUCCAACUGGCAGACCUAAAUGGCACUCUUCAUUGCUUAUCUUCAUGCACUCGUUUGUCGGUGUCCCCAUGAAAGUAUGAAUGCGGUAUGUGCCUAUGGGCACCUGUGCAAGCUGCACUUUUUGUGCCGGCAAAUUGAUCUUGGAGCUGUGAUUGGCUGCAACUCGCUGUUGGCUUGCAUCUGUGUAAUAUGUGAACUGGCUGUCUGGAUCAGAGCCUUGUAGAGUUCUAGCAGAGCAUUUCCCACUCACUUCAUUUGGAUUCUGAUGAUCGGAAUCACCUGAUUCUGUUAUCUACUCUUUUGUUUGGCAAGAACGGGAAAACAGCUUGCUCAGACCCGAAAAGGCGAUAUUUUGCUCUGGAUUUUGCUCACUUCAUAAACAGCGAGAAGAGAAAGAGAGGUUAGAUUGGCAGCUGUAUUUUUUAAAAAAAUAUUCAUGGCGCAUGCAAGGAUUUCCCUUCGCUGGUCUCCAUUCUUUCCAAAUUUAGUCCAAGAAAAUAGACCAUCCCUCCUUGCUAAAGGACACCCAGAAAGGUUUCAGGGGAGGAAUAUCCUUGUAUGAGGGUGGGGAUUAAUUGUUGAUAGUUUCUGUAGUGUGGUCCUAAAACUACAGCAAAUCAUCCUCAGUGCUGUGUUCCCCCAACGUGCAGAAUCCCAUGUUCAGAAAUGACUCAAGCCUGUUUUAAAAUGUAAAUGUUCUUGAACCUGUUUCUCAGAAGUUGACGUUGACACUAGCUCCGUUAAAUGGCUUCGCAGGGAUGCUUCUACCAACUUCGGUGCAGCUAUUCCAGGACAGGUGGUUUUGUGAAUCACAAGCAAACUACUAAAGUUGUCAAUUCUAAACAUGCUCUAUAUGGAUCAGCUUAGGCAUGCGUGCCCUAACCCAGCACUGGUCGCUGAGGCAUCAGGGUAAGGGUUCACAUGCUAACCUGUGACAAGUGAUGGGAUCUUAGCAGUUCAGAAAGGCCCAGAGAAACACUGCAAUAUGGAUGCAAGUGGAGAUCUGCAUUGACAGCACCGGGAAACCAUCUUCUGCACGCCUGUUUUCCUUCUCUGGAUCAGGGUGUUUGUAUUUUCAACUGUGAUGCUUUUAACCAAUGUGAUGCUUUUGAAAUCUGCCCAUAUACAAACAUGUAUGCCCCUAUUCUUCAUUUUGUACACUGAAGUCUCAAACAAAUAGUUUUUGUAUGCUUCAUGACAGGCUUCCAGAUCUGCCUGUGUCUAAAUAAAUACACGUAGAUCUGCGAUCUCUGCCCUUUUAGCUCUUCUGUCCUGGAUCUUGGCUCAAUUUUGAUGGAAAGACCAUGUAUAUUAAAAAGUACACAAGUACAUAAGUAUUUUAAAGGUGUUGAAAUAAGUUGUUUGAUUUUUUAAAAAACAACAACCAACAACAGCAGAAUAAUAUGCUUAAUAAAUCAGAACUGAGAGAGAAGCAAACACUUGCCUAUAGCCUGAAAACAUAUUUAAAGAGUCUUAUGUGCAAUAAUAACUUUGGAACUUUAGAAUUAAAAAUCGUGUUCAAGUGCUUCGAUUUCAGUUUGUAUAUUUAAGUGCUGCAAUUGUAUCUCAGUGAUUCUUAGAUGUUUAAAACAAAACCAAGUGUUAGAAUGUAUGUGUGCAUUUGACGGGCUCUAGAGCACCAAGGGUGCAGUCCAGCCAAAGUUAAGCACUUAAAAGAGAAGUCCCAUUGGUUUCAGUGAGCAUGUUUCGCACCUGUCACAGAUGGGCCCUCCGAAAUCAGUGUGAUGCUCAACUUUGCUUGGAACUUGCUCCUUGUGCCCCUGUUCCUAGGGCUCUUCUUUCCCAGCUGUGACACUCCUAUAUUGCUUCCCUAUGGCUCCCUGGAAAACCUGUUUCACAUUGUCAGUCUCUGCCUAACACUUACUUACUUAACCUAAGGAAAUAAGUACACACAUACACCAUUCCAAGAAAUGAAAGACAACGUUAUUUUUAAAAAAAGAAAUAAAAAUUUAUAAACACUC